AUGACAUGGGAGAAGCGUUUGCGGGAGACGGCCAUGACUUUGGAACGCCGAGAACAAGAAAAAAUGAAAGAGAAGAUGAAAAGUAUUCGUGGGGAUAAAAAAUCAGAUAGAAAAUCCAAAGAUGGUUCCAUAGAGGGAUCAAUGGAAGAAGUCUCCAAAGAACGAACUGGCUCCAAAGAAAGGGGUUCCAAAGAGGGAAGUGGCUCAAAAGAAGGAGUAUCGAAAGAACAAUUUGGCUCCAAAGAAAGGGGUUCCAAAGAGGGAAGUGGCUCAAAAGAAGGAGUAUCGAAAGAACAAUUUGGCUCCAAAGAAAGGGGUUCCAAAGAGGGAAGUGGCUCAAAAGAAGGAGUAUCGAAAGAACGAUUUGGCUCGAAAGAAGGGGGUUCCAAAGAGCGAAAUGACUCGAAAGAACGAGGACCAAAAGAGCGCCAGGCCUCCAAAGGAGGAAGUUCUGAAGAGGACGGCGGGAGUGGUAUAUGA